AUGGAAUCACUUUCUUCUUCAAGUUAUCUCUACGCUACCCAAAUCAAGGAGUACGGCCACUUCCUGAAGGAUUUUGACCAAAAAUUAGCCCAACUGCACCUUCCCGAGCUUUCAGGUGGACCAGUCACCAGUAUUGUGCGUUUAAAUUAUGCCUGCGACAAUGAGCGGCUUUCUACAGCCCGUAUGAUAGAAAGCAAUAGUGCUAAUCAUGUAAAGACACCGGGCAACUUGGGCGGCAGCAAUGUUCCGUUGAACAAAAUUUUGUCAACCUUUGGCCAACUGUGUCGUGAAAUUGACUGCCUCGAAGGAGAAGUUCAUGCUCUAGUGCGAAACAUCUUCUCUCGAACGGAACCGUUCCGACACGUCCCCGAAGAUGGACCGGAGCGUCCACCUUUGCUGUGGAUAGCACAGAAUAUAGAUCUGAUGGCGACGGUACAGUGCCACUACGAACGAUUGCGUGACGUCGGUGUACUGCUAUUAAGGCAAGUUGGGGCGUUCUUCGAUGAAGAAGCCAUGUACGGUAGAGGGAAACGUAUGAAAAAGAACGGUCUAGAUGGAAAGUAUCCACCAUCGUUGGAAGUGGACUAUCUGUUCGAUUACAUUGGCAAACUGUUGCGAAUCACGUUCGAGCUCGAUCACAUCCUUUGGAAGACCUCCCUAAGAGCUCAUUGGCGAUCGUUUUCCCAGAAGCUACGUCAACCAACGAAAAGCGCCCCCACGAACAAGGUUGGUUUCCGUGAUCUACUGUUCGUGUGCCAAGCGAUCGGGUACUGGAUCGGUGAUGAAACCACGUUGGAAGUAACCGGACAGAAACGGAUCCUCGAAGCGCUGUACAAGGUGAAGACUCGGUUCGAUCCCGUGUGCUCUGGCGAGAUUUUCAGCGAGAGAUUUAUGAAGUUUCUGAAGCGCAAACUAGCGUCCCUCAUCACCGGCUUGCGGAACGCUCAGAAUGGUGUAGAUUUCGUGCAAUCAGACGGAGUGAUUGCAGUGAAUGUGCUGCUCAACUUCGCGCUCUACCUUUUCCUGCCAAUCGAGCAACGAAUGCUGAAAAGUCUCUUCGAAUUGAACAUGAAGUUUCCUCUAAUUCCUCUUGAGGGAAACUUUCCCUGGCUGCCAGACGAGUUCGUGGUGGAACACGGUCACAAGUUGCUGCGGGAUUUCGAUGCCAGUGCCGCCCCCACCUCCGUCAGUACGCCCGUCUCUUCAUCGUUCGAUUAUCAGCGAGCGCGUGAUGUCCAGCUGCAAACGCACGAAAAAUUAGGUACACCCGCUUUGCUUUGUCUGCACGCUGCCAGCUGGCUGGUGGAGGCUCAUGUGCAGCUUCGCAACCGACCACCGGUUCCGGGCGAUGCCGGUGGGCACGAGAGUGGCAACUUUACGCUCGAAAAGCUGCGAACCAAAUGUGGUCUUCUGCUCGAAGGUAUACGACUCGUACGCGAGAUGGAGUACGUGCAGGACACGUUGUAUGCCUUGUAUGGGCGUAGACCAACGACCGUUACGGAUAAGCUGAUACAGUACCGGCGCAUGGUGGUAGAAUUUUUGCUCUCAUCUACACGACGCUCCGUCACAGUGCCCUGCCAGCAGUUCAUUGUGCAGCAUCAGCAACACAAAGUCUACACCAUCAUAAACAGUGCCAAGAAAAAACUGCUCCGUGAGGCUAAGGAGUCCAAAUCAACUGCAGGUGGAUCGCUUUGGCUGGAGAAGCUCUCAACGAUCGAUAUGCUCGAAAAGUGCCUUCAUGGUCCAGCUACACCGGAUCGUGUGGGGUUGGCGCAGCUAAUUGUUGCGCUUUGCCACGGUAGCACGGCCACCGGCGUUAGUUCCGGAGCGCCACUGCUUGCCCUCUCGGAUGAUGCCUGUCGAAAGGUGGAUUCAUUGCUCGAUCGGCUCGCCACACUCGUCGGAUGGGAGCAGCUGUGCAACCGGGUGGACGUUGCCGGAAAGUACACACCAUUACUCGGACCGGGUGUGCGGCACAACGCACUGUUGGCGAACGUCGUGCCCAUGAGCAACCGAAUCGAAGCAUUCAUUCGCUGGGAUUUCCACGGAAAGUGGCACCAGAUCGAGCCGUUCGAUCCGUUCCAGGACGGGAACGGUUCGGCAAUAGCCGAGCAGAACCACACGCAGAAGCUGGUGUUUGCGUUUCUGCGCACGAAAUUCACGCUGAUUGGUGAUGAACGAUGGCUUAGCGCCCGGCACUCGGUGGCGCAACAUUUAAGCGACGUGUUCUAUACGCUCUCGACGAUUUCGCCCUCCGAAUGGCGCAUCUACCGGGAGAUGCGCGCGAACGUGGACAGAAAGUACGGCAUAUUGUUGGUGGAUGAUCAGCUACCACGCACCACGGCUGAAGACAGACGGGGACCACGUGGGCACGGCCAGGAUGACGACAUUCUGGCGCUGAUGGAGGAUUUCGAAACGUUUAUCAGCUCGUACGGGUACGAUUUGCACGGGCAGCUAUUUAUCGAGCGGCAACAGGCAGCGAGUAGUGCGGCGGGAGGUGACCGUACGGGUGGAGUGCUGAACGUGGUCAAAAUCGAGCACAUCGCCAACUCCAUCAAGCGACAUGGGCCUGGGAUAAUUAGCACCGUGGUAAAUUAUGCCUUCCAGUUCCUUCGCCAGAAGCUGUUCACUUUCUCGCAUUUUCUGUACGACGAGCAAAUCCACUCACGGUUAGCAGCGGACGCCAAAAAACUAGCCGCCGAAAGUAGCUCCGAUUCGGCCGGAGGCAGUGCAUCUGCAUCGGGAGGUCCAUCCGUGGGCUAUUCGUACGAUCGUGCCCUUGCCUUUAUCCGGCGCAUCCGAAACCUAGGGCUCUCUGACGACGGGGAAACGUAUGUUGAUCUGUUCCGCAAGCUAAUCUGUCAGAUCGGUAAUGCGAUGGCAUUCAUACGCAUGCUGCAUGCCGGUGCUUUACACGAGUGUACCGGGGCGGCAGAAUUCGUCACAAACCCUCCGUUGGCCGCGGAGGAAAUUGCCGGAGAAACGGAAGACCAUCCGGUGGCGGGUCAUCCGAUCGAUCAAUCGACGGUGAACAUCUGGCGUCAGGAUAUGGCCACCGUGCGGGCAAGCUGGCGGCUGGAGAAUGAGUUUUUCCGUCGCCUCAUCGAUGCGUUUGAGGGCUUCCGUCGGCGACGGACAAACCAGCCGGAUGGGGAUGGUUCUUCUCCAACCGACAGCUUCGCCCACUUGGAGCUGUUUUAUCUCAUCAUCCCACCGCUGACGAUUAGCUACGUCGAGGCGAUGCUAAAGGCGAAAGAAACGAUCGCUAAGAAGGAUCGCCACGGGACGUUUCUACCCACCGACGAUGGGUUCGUCAUGGGCCUAUCCUAUUUACUGACGUUGCUAACACAAACGGCGGCCUUUAAUUCGUUGCACUGGUUCAAAGAGGUGCACUCGAAGUACGCGCGUGAGAUGGCGAAACUAAACCAGCAGACGGCCAGCGCUAAUCUGCUGCAGCACGCAUCGACCGAUCCGUCGGACGAAAAGAUACUGCCCACCGUUUCACUGACCCGCAAGCGGCUGAACGCGAUGCAGCAUGAAUUCGAGCUGCUGCAGUACAACCUGUCCAGUUCGAAAAUUUUCUUUAAGUAGCAUGUUUUUUAACCCACACCCAAACCGGGACCGGCCUUCAGCAAUAAGAUGAGUGAAACAUUCCUUUGUUAUCGCGUGAGGACGCGUUUGCUAAUGAGAUUGAUGCAAAGCAUUCGGGAAGCUAUUAUUCUAUAGGUUUUAUCA